GCUUGAUCAAGGGAUCAGUUGGGGAGCUGUUGACUAAAGCGGCAAAAGGCAGCAAAAGGUGUUUUAGCAAAAAUGAGGAAGAGAGCGACAGAGUUAACUAGCAAGCUCCUUAGAAACAUUCGUGAUAAAGAUGCAGGAUUGCUUAGAGCACAUGAUGAGGAGGAUUGGAAGCAUGACGAAGACAUGCAAUCCUUUGACACCAACAUUGCGAGUAGCGGAGCUAUUUCAACGGAAUACUUGAAAGAUGUCGUAAAUUAUGUGAAGGUGUGGAACCAGACGACUGUGAACUUUAUCGAGCAAUUGAAAAAGGAUAAGAGGAAAAACAGCAGAUUUCAGAACGUUGUGGACGAGUACAAAGACAAUAGCCAGGAGAUGCUGGAUUUAUUAUCGGAAUUGGACAAGUUUGUACGGUCAGCUUUCGACAUCCAUUCGUCUAUUGAAACUGUUGUUCAAGAAUAUUUUGAUAUACAGGAAAACCCGAAAGACAGUGGUACUAGUUCAACUACUCAUGACCACUACAAGAGGAUAUCUGAGAAACUGAAGAAUAUCAAGGCCGCUGCCCGUAGCAGUUUGGCUGAAAGCUUGCUCCAGAAGGUUCAACCUUUGAUCACGAUGCAUCAACAAUUGCUUGAGAAUUUGACAGUCCAGAAAAAGAAGCUUGACAGGAAGCAGCAGGCUGCUAUUGCUUGUAGGGUGGCUACGAAUACGUUAUUCAUCAGUUCUGUGACUGGGAUGUUAGCUGCGUCUGUGGCAGCAGCAACAACAAGUACAGUUUGUCCAACGACUGCAGCAGUAGCAGCAGCUCUUGCUGCUACUAGUGGGGUGUUAAUGCAAGGAAGACAUUGGAUUUCCUCUAGUUUAAAAAAAUGGGCAAAUAAUUCAGAGGAAAAAGAGAAGCAAGUUGAAGAAAUGCUCACUUCACUUGCCUCUAUGGAGUUGAAGAAUGAAGAGAAUCAAGUUGAACACUAUUACGGGUUGGGCAACAUUAAGCAUCUGAUUGAUUUGGUUGUCAACGAGAUUGAUUCAAGCUUGGGCCAAUCAGACUUUGCAAUUGCUGAGGAACAUAUAAAUGUCACAAUGAAGGAUAUUCAGAAGAAGUUGGAGUCAUUUAUGAACAAAAUUGAGGGUUUGAAAGGCGAAGUCGACGAGUGUAUAACCGAACUAAUGAAGACAAGGGUUGAUGUUGAAAAGGCUGGAUAG